ACAUUUACCAAUGGGUUUGAAUCAGUUAGUCGUGUCUGGAUUGAUCUGACUGACUCUGUUAUUGAGGGGACCUGGAAAUGGGUGAACGGCACACCACUGACCACCCCAAGGUAAGAGACUACUGCUCUAAUAACACUGACCACAGCGUAAGGAGUAGGACUGAUUCUCUAUGUUGUUCAUACUCUAAGUUCUGAGAGAGUGGCCAGUCUAACUGUGUUGUUUCUACUGCAGGUAUUGGUGGGAUGGACUGCCUGAUGGUGAUGUAAACUCGAACUGUGUGUUUAUCUCUUACGACUCAUCAGGAGAAUGGCAUGACUAG